AUGGCGGCACGGCUGGACGCGCUGGCGCGAGAGUUCUUCACCACCUCUAGUCCCUCCACGCCGCCCCAGCCGCGGCGCCGCGAUGCCGGAGGGGUUGGCGGCGGCAGCAGCCCCACAGCGGCAACGGGGGUAGGCGUGCGGGGGACAGACGGGGCCGCGACGCUUCAGCCGCCCACGUGGGAGGCGGUGGCGGAUGGACACGAGACGAUGGGCGAUCCUCGCGGCAGUCGCAAUAAGCAGCGGCGCCUGCAGCUCAUGGCCCACGACGAGGCCCACUUUUUGCCGCCGUUGCUGCAGUACUUCAGUGAGUUGGCCAUGGCGAGCACAGCGAUGUCGUCCGCCACACACGCGCUUCUGGCUGCGCCGUCGGGUGUGGCGUCAGCGGCCACAAUAGCGACGAUGCGGACGGCGGCGCCAGGGCACGCGUCAGUGCGGCGUCACACAAAUAAACGAGUUGUGGAAGGGGGUGGCACGGUCCUCAGGGGGCGUCGCUUGCUGGCGCAUGAGCGGCAUCAGGCGGAGGGUCACCUCAAUGGAAAUGCAGGCACGGCACCUGGAUACGCCCACUCAUUAAGUGGCCAUCGUCCCACGUCCUUUCGUCACCUUGGCGUCUACUCCGACUACCACCUCUCGCCAGAGCGGAUUGACGUGUUCGCCAAUUACCCGCAGCCCCCAUUGACAGACGGCGGGGCCUCCUACGAGGCGCUGGAACCGAACCAUCAGAGAGGACUCAACGCCCUGGCGGCGCUGGUGGAGCAGUGCAACCGCUCCUUUGUGCAGGAGCGGGGCUCUGCGGCGGCCUCCUCGGCCCCACUCGGCAAACGAGUCUUGAAUUCAGAGUCUGUUUCCGUCGGCCCGUCAAGUGCGACCGCAGGACUAAGUGACCAACGCGAUGCAAUCGUGAAUAGACUGAACAUUCUUUUACGCGACCUCGUGGCUCACGGCGAGCGCGUCCUCGCGCUGCACGUCAUCAUGCGGGCCAUCUCAUGGCGGUUUGCCAGCAAAAACGAGCGUGUCACGAUUUUGUUUAACCACCUUCGCACCUGUCUACCUUCGGCCAGCAUUUCUAUAGUCACCCUUGCCAUGGAGGUGUGGGCCCAGUUACACGUGAUUGAGGCGAGUUCCUCGGUGUACCUUAGAGUCACCUCGGAGCUUCUUUCGCUGGCCUGUGACUUUUUGCACUACGAUACCACGUUGGCGGAGCAGCUGUCAGGCCUUAUCAUCAUUCGUCAUGUGGCGCUGUGGCCCACGUCUCUCUACCGCGCCAUCCUCUCCAACGACCGCGACUCCCUUCUUCUAGCAACUUGGACGGCGAUACCGAACGAUGGAUCUCCGGCCUUUAUUCGAGAGCUCGCGGCGGAGGCGCUACGCGCGUUAUUUGUCAUUGCCUUAGAACAACGAAACUACCGCUCGGUCAACACCGUGCUUCAACAGGCUAUUAUCCUUUUACUCGCCCCUGAGCGGAGUGUGGAGAUGCCGAGCUCCUUUUCGAUUUCCCCGCGACACCGGCUUGGAGGCGAGGGACCGCACGAGUUCACCCCCGUCCAGGCUGGGCAGCCACCGCAGCCUAUACCACCCUUGACCUUGGCGAUGCAGCAGCGUGGGGGCCCCCACAAGGGCGCUGAGGGCGAGACCCACGCCAAGGAGACGGGGGGUGCGUCCUUACAGCUCUUCGGCAAGCUGAAGCGGAAAAUCACCGCAUUUGGCCAGCGCCUUUUUGGUACUUCUGCAGGCCACCGCUCGAUGAGUCACACGCUAAGCGCAUCGGUUAACGCGGCUGCGAGCGUGCGCGAGGCCACAGCGGCGGCCCUGGAGAGAGAGUCAGUUGUUUCUCCUGGCUCUUGUUCAACACUGCCGCUAUUUACCACCUGCAGGAGGAGCGGUGCCUCAGGUGCGAUGCGCCGAAAAGCUGCAAGAACGCCUCUCAGAAGUUCCACAGCCGCAAACUAG